AUUUGCUCCUCUAAAUAACAUCCAAACCCCAACUUAAUUUAUUGUUUCCUCGUAAAUCUAUAUCACAUUUACAUCCAACAAAAUUUCAUUACUCUGAAUAAGUCUGAACAUGCAGCAUCAAAGCAGAUUGUACCUGAAAGCAUUGGUGUUGUACCUUGUGACAUGUGUAGCUGCAGCUGAUGAUCCAUUGUAUUUCACUUUCCCCGUCAAUGGCAAUGUUUAUCCUCGAGGGUUCUAUAACGUGACAAUAACAAUCGGACCCAACCAAAGGCCUUACAUUCUCCAAAUAGACACCGGCAGUGGCCUUACAUGGAUUCAGUGUGACAAACCAGGAGCCAGAAACUAUCCAGCGCCCAAUCCUCCGUACAAUCCGGAGGAUCGGAAUGUGGUCGUUCUGCGCACGGAUCCCGUGUGCAGUGUCGUUCAAAACCUUUUGCCGCCUGGCUUUUACGAAGGAAAGUAUUGUGCGUACGAUAUUCAUUAUGCUGAUGGCAUGUCGACUCAGGGUUUUCUCGUCAACGACUCAGUCAACCUCAACUUGGCCAACGGCCAGCUUUCGCCACCUCUCACAUUCGGAUGUGGGCACAAUCAAUACCUUCCGAAUCCAAAUGAACCGCAAUAUGUGGAUGGAGUUCUCGGCCUGAGCAAUGUCAGCUUUAGCUUCGUAUCCCAGAUAAGCCGUCAGGGUUUGACACAAAACGCUAUUGGUCAUUGUUUUAGUUCAAAAGGUGACGGUUACCUUUCCCUUGGACUUGGAGACUUGGCGAAGUACGAGGACUUCAACUGGACAACGCUAUUUCCGACCACCAACUCAGACUACUACUAUUUGGGAAAGGCAGACUUGAUGUUAGGAGGUGAAGUUACGGAUAUUAGGGGCCUUGACAUAGUUUUCGAUAGCGGAAGCACCUACACUUACCUCAACAAUCUAGCUUACGACGCAAUUUAUGAUUUGAUAGAGGGAUACAACAACCGACAAUCGUCGCCAUUGGAUAAGGCCACGGAUCCAAAUUUGCCGUUCUGUUGGAAAGGGCCGUUCACAUCAGUUUCCGAUGUCAGCUCAUACUUCAGUACUCUGGCUUUGAACUUCAGCACCAAUCUUCAGUUCGCCAUGGGCAUCGAAUCUUAUCUUAUUAUCUCACUGAGCCGAGCAGAGUCGAACAUUGGCCUCAAACGAGGUAUGCUCGAUAACUAUGGGCUCGAGCUUGAAUCGAGCGUUGACUUGAGUCUCGUUUGCGGCCUUAAUGAUCUUGCCAAUGUGUGCUUAGGCAUAUUGGACGGUAGUGAAGUUGGAUUAGGCGACCUCAAUGUGAUUGGAGACAUUUCAUUUCAAGAUAAAUUAGUGAUUUACGAUAACGACAGGCAGCUGGUUGGAUGGGAUGAGCGAGACUGCAGCACCAUUCCAAGUUAA